AUGACGAGGUUUGGAACUGCAGGCGCAGAAGAUGAUCUCCGAGCUGAUCGGAAGACCGUGUAUUUAGUGACCGGGGCGAGUCGAGGUCUCGUUACGGCGUUUCUGCUCCGUCCCAACAGUAUUGUGAUCGCCGGGGUCCGCAGUGUAGCCACGCAGAAAGCCACCCUGGAGGAGCUCCCCAGGGCCGACGACUCGCAACUGAUUGUCCUACAGCUGGACUGUACUUCCCAGUCUGACGCCGACGAAGCCAUUGCGACGCUCAAGCAAGAAUAUGGCCUCACGUAUCUCGAUGUAGUGAUCGCGAAUGCCGCGAUCGCCGCCAACUACGGCCCCGCGUCGACCAUGCCGCUGGAGCAUCUCGAAGCCCAUAUGAAAGUCAACGCCUACGCCGUCCUGCUGCUCUUCCAGGCCACGCGACUCCUGCUGCAAGAGGCAGCCUCCUACCACCCUCCACAGUUCAUUCUGAUCGGGGCGCCCAUCAGCACCAUUACCGAGAUGGAAGGAUGUGCUCGGGCACCGCUGACCAACUACGGGCUCUCCAAGUUGGCCGCCAACUACCUAGUGCGCAAGUUCCACUUUGAGAAUAAGUGGCUCCUCGCCUAUAUUGUUGACCCGGGACAUGUUCAAACCGACAUGGGGGCACAAGGGGCCAGGCUCUUGGGCCGGGACGCUGCCCCUGUAACUAUCGAAGACAGUGUGGUGGGAAUAUGCUCCAGGAUGAACGAAGCGAGGAAAGAGACCACGUCCGGACAGUUUGUCUUGUUCUCGGACGGUUCUCAGGUUGCUUGGUAG